AUGGAAAAUAAAAUUCAAUUAAUUCAAUCCAAAAAAGGCAAACAGUUAGUUCUUUUAAAUUUUAAUAAGUAUAGGCAUGUAAGAACACGUAAAGACGGAAUGCAUAAAUGGCUUUGCACAGUUAAAACUUGCUACGCAAGUAUAGUUACUGAUGGGCAUAAGACGUCUAUUGUAAAUAUUAUUGGUGAACAUACGCAUGAAUCUAAUUCUCUAGUGAAAAUAGAACGACAAAUUUUGCGAGAAAAUUGUAAAAGACAAGCAGAAGAUGGAAUUUCAACACGACCUAUCAAAAUUAUUAGAAAAGAACUAAUGAAUAGUGUAAUGUGCAGUGUAGUGCCCUACUGA